AUGGUUGGUCCUGAGUUAUUCUCGAUUGGUAAUCCAUGUUUGAGAGAUUAUCGAUAUGGUGCUAAUUAUUGUGGUUUACCACAAAAUGUUUCAUGGAAACGUAUUGAACAACAAUUGGCAGGUGAUGAAGCAGAAGAGUCAUCAUUACCAUCUUUGCCACAGUCAUCGACUUCUCCUCCAGACUUGAAAAGCAAACUGACUGCUGCAGACAAAAUCACAUUGACUGAGAAGCUCCAAAAUUUCAAAAAGCUUCAUAAAGAUUAUUUCUGGGUCUUAGAUGCCACAAUGCGACAAGCAGAAGUUGAUGAUGUUGAGCCAAUUUCUGUAGAAGAAAAGGUUAUGGCGUUUGCGUUGGGAUGCGAGUAUUAUCAUGAAGAAGAGCUCGAUGAAAUACGUGGUGCUGGUGGCGAUUUGCCUUGUGGUGUACCGAAAGAACUUGAACAAUGCUUCGAGAGUCUUAAAGAAUUGAAAACUGGUGCGGAGGUGUUCAAGUAUGCAAGAAGCAUUGAAAUCACCGAUCCUACCAAAGAAACAUUGAAAGUGUGGUUGUCGACCGAGCUACAAAAUAUAGCAAGUCUCUUUUUAGAAACUGGGACAUUCGAUAUUGGUAGUUUGAUGGAAUCGGACCAGUUGUACCGGUGUUUUGAUUUUUAUGCUACAGUUUUUAAAGGAAGUUCCAUCUUGGCAAAAGGAACUGAGAAGUCUAGUGAAGCCAAUGCCAGCUUGGUGAACCAAGACCGACAAUUAUCAUCUAUAAUGCCAAUAACAAACCAAAAGAUGGGAAGGCGAGUGGAUACGCUCUUCAACUGUGGUCAUAUCGAGCUUGGUUGCACAGAAAUAGGUGCCACAAAGGACCAAACAAAGGAGAUGCACGAUAGCUUUCUCAAGAUGCCUAUUAUAUUGCGCGAUAUGUUGUUGUUGGCGACUUUUAGGCCUAACCUGCUGCAUCAAUCCCAUGUGAUUGGAUGCAGUAUUUCAGGGGUUGGUGUGGUAGGACAAGAAAAUCUUCGAUUUUUGAAGUCCUAG